CACAGCAGCCACAGCUGACGGAUGUAAACAAAUGCUCCUAACGGCGUGUCCGUAACCAUCAUAUUGGAAUUUUCCCGAAAUUUCUGGAAAUCCCAAUGGACAAGUAUUUGGUGAUCACUCCCAAGAGAAAGAUGACUGAUGAUAUUACAGAGAAUUUUGACAUGAAUGGUGAUAUAAAGAAAUCCAAAGGAAAUCACAUCCGUAGUGAGCGGUUUGAGAUAACGGAGGUCAAUGGCGACUUGUUUUCGUGUUCGGAAACCACAUCUUUAGCCCAUUGUAUCUCCCAAGAUGUUCGCAUGGGGAAAGGAAUUGCCACUCUAUUCAAGUCCAAAUUUGGUGGUGUGCAAGAACUCCUUGAUCAAGGCUGUAAAUCAGGAGAUGUAGCAGUUUUGAAACGGUCCCAAAGAUUUGUUUAUUAUUUAGUAACAAAGGAACGUUACUGGCACAAACCUACCUACCUGAGUAUGAGGUCCUCCCUACAGGCAAUGAAACGCCAUGCCCUACAACAUAAUGUUUCAGCAAUUGCAAUGCCUCGUAUUGGUUGUGGUCUUGAUGGUUUAGUUUGGGACCGAGUCCGAGAGAUCCUCACUGAUGUUUUUAAAGAUACGGAUAUCAAAUUGAGUGUCUAUUAUAUCUGAUCUAUACAUAUUUAUUAGGUGUGUAAAGAUAAUUUUGAGUGAAAAGGAAUGAAUUAACAAGUGAAUGUAUAUCAGAAGAGUGCAUAUGCAAAGUGUGUAUGCUAGUAGUAUGCUUAUUUUGAAGUUGUGCAUAUCCUUGUGUGAUUAUUGUAAGGCCCAAUAGUAUUGUCAUUCGAGAUAAUGCUAAAGGAACUACAAAUAAUGAGAACUUUGAGUUUAAGUCAUGAAGAAUAUUCAUUGCAAGAGAUGAUCUGGGGAAACAGAAGCUUUAAUUGUCUUAAAGCAGUGAUGGUUGUUACAGUAGCCAUUACUGGUUUAUAAAGUAAGGUGUUUGUGACAACAACUUUUGGUACAGGCAGCUAUGCAGGAUUUUAUUGGGCAUUAUGACCAUUGGAAAAAUUGUUGAGUCAUUUCAGUGGUGUGUAGUUGUUGGUACUUGAGGAGAAGUGCUCUCCUUGUAGGUAAGGCCUUUGGCAGUGGCAUUAGUGACACCAGAAUAAUAAUUUUGUAAAUAUGUAUUUGUAAGAGAACUCAGAAAGUAUUUACAGAGAGCUUGGUGUAUUGGUUAGCAGUGUGUGAUAGAUUUUGCUGACUUUAUGAGCAUUAGGAAAUUUUAGCAUCUUUUUGUAAUUUAUGUUUUUUUUUUUUUUUUUUUUCUUUUGUAAUUUUGAAAUUCAUUACUAGUGUGUUCUCCUGAAAGUCUUGAAAGGCUGUGUUGUGCUCUAGGGUCUGUAAGGAAUUGCCAGGGUUUGUUUAUACUCGAGUCCAGUGAUAAGGACUUACUUUUGGUAUAGGGCCCUGAUCAUUCUGUGUCAGUCUCUGUAAAUUUUUAUUCAUAGGAUAUAUUCAUAAUUUUGCAGAUAAUAAUGAUAAUAAUAAUAAUAAUGAUAAUCUAAUAAUAAUAAUAAUAUUGAUGAUGAUAAUGACGAUGAUGAUUAUCAUAAUGGAAAGAAAAGACAUUUUACAAGCUAUAGUCAGCUAAUUUAAAGUAUAUUUCAACAAUGUUUAACUAGCAAAACUACUGUAAUAUACUUCCUUAUUCUUAUUCCCAGCUUUGGCCUACCCUCUUUCUGUAUAAUAUCAUAUUGUGUAGUUGGCAACUGCAGUGGUGGAGUUUAAAAGUAAGAAAAGCUCAUGAUGUGGAAGUUUAUUUGCAUUGCUUGAUUGAUAACAUUAAUUGCACCUAUUGGAACACAUCUGGAAACCCUGUGACAUGUAUUUAUUAUGCAUUUGUUUAUUGUAAGCCAUUAUCAUUAGACUCAAGCUGUAUUUUCCUUGGAAGAAACUAAAGAUAUAUUUAGCUCAGUUCAUGCUGGUUUGAGCAAUGUGAACUUAAUGUCCUUAAUUAUUGUUUGAUCAUGAUCAGAAGUAAAUGUUAUUUUUGUAGCAAUAUUAAACAUUGCCUAUUAUGUUGAUUUACUCUGUUGUCUUGUGAUUUAGAGUAAUAGCUGUAACAAUAUUCCCAUUGAAGAAGUGCCUUUAGGAUCUUUCUCCUCCCAGCAUUAUUUUCAUGGAGGCCAUUGUAUUGAAUCUUUUUCCUCCCUGUAUUAGUUUCAUGAAACCCAUUUUAUUAUUGUUUUGAAUAGAAGUAUACGUUAACAAUUGCUUUUGUCAUACUAGUACAUAUAAUUUGGAGAUUCCUUUCCAUUUAGAUGAACUGUUUUUCAGAUAUUGCAUAUAUGUUCCAUGUAGUGCAUGUAGAAUGGCUUUCUCUUGUGGAUUUUGUUGAUUUCCAUGAAAGUGUGCUUAGUUUCUUAUUCUCUGAUUUGACUCCAGAUAAACUGAAUCUUGUCUGAUUAUGGUUAUUCUGAGAAAGAUUUCAAGGAUUGUGAAUUUCCCAUAUCAUUUUAUUAAUAUGGGGGUUGGUAGCAGCUGUCAAGAAUAAAAUUUUUUUUAAAUAUCUUUAUGAAGAACAAAUACUCUAUAUUACGUUGCAAGUACUUUUUUUUAGCUGAUUUUGUCUUGAGUUAAAACUUUGAUUCUGAAUCAGAAGCAGCAAGCACUAUUGAGAUUGCAGGCAAGGGUCCCCUCUAUGUGUAUUCCCACCUCUCUCGUUUGUCUGGUGCUCUUCUUCAUGCUACAUUAAACUUAACUUAUUUCCUUAUCAUUGGCCAUUUUUUUCUGAUUUUGCAUGUGAAAUGAAAAGUACUUAUUCAAGAAGUAAGGGGAAGAUUUUGAGGUUUUGGAAUCUCUGAUUUUGGAUUUUUAUCCAAGAGAUCAGUCAUUCUUUAUGCCUGGUUCUCCUGUCCAUCCAAAAUUAGUCUUAUCAUAACAGGUACCUAAGAUGUUGACAAUUUGAGUGUUGAUUGCAUAGGCUAUGGCAAGGUGGUCAGAUGUGAGAAACAAGACAGGCUCCUGAAACUGAAUAAUGAUAUUCACAACAGUGGCAUAAGUUCACCAUUCUUGCUCACAGAGGACAUUCGCAGCUUCAACCAGAGAAAUGACAGGGAAACCUGUUGGCAGAACCCCAAAGGAGGAAAAGAAAUAUUUCACCUUUCUUUUUCUAAGUAUACAAAGUCAAAGAAAAGGCAUGAUCGAGAGGUAAUGAAAAUAGUGACUGGCACCCAAAGCAUCACAAGUGUGGCUGGCAGAAAUUGAGUGGCCAUAAUAGAAGUGGGUUAAUCUUUGGUCAGUUACAACAGACCCACAUAGAGCAGUAUCAGUCAAGACCAAUAUGAAAAACCUGGAAGUGGACCAACAAACUGAAGUAUAGUUACGAAGCCCUACUAGUUUGAACCAGCCACUCACAGUCAAAAGUGAUCCAUUUAUUAUAAAUACAAUUGCAGCUCAGGGCAGGGAUGCCCCGUUCAUUCAAUAACUGCCAAAGACUAAGUCAUUCAAUUAUCAGUCAUCAAAUGGAGCUAGGGGAAGACUUAUUUGUUAGCAAGACUGGAUCUAAGGAUAGACAAACAAGGACCCUGUCGAACUACAAAGUUAACUGCAGGUAUUGAUAAGGAAUUGUUUAAACUUUUACCCAGAUCAUGAGAGGCAAAACCAACUGCCAAUAUCAUUAGACACAUCCAGGUAGAUUCUACCCUUGAGGGAAAUGUUAAAGAAUUCCAGGAGUAGCAUUGAUUCCUUGUUUUCUCUGCAUUUGUUGAUGCACUCAUCAGGAAACAGAUUUAGGAGUCCAAGAAGAGCCCGCAAAUCAUUUAAAGAUUUGAGAUGUAAGGUUGUUUUUCCUGGUUAUUAGAGGCUUCAUGUGGUUAAGAAACAAGACUUUCUAUGUAUUGAGUAGUCUGUUAUUUCCAUCACUCAUAGUGUUAAACUCCAGUCACUGAUAUUUGGACUAAAUCAUGGCCUGGCAAAUAGCUUCCAUUAUUGUCCAAUGUAUUUCAUUUUCAGGCAUUAAAGGAAUGAGGAUGCUGAUACUGCAGCCAAAGUUAUCAGCAAUUUUUAAUAUCUCUUAAACCUUUCAUCUAUCUAUAAUAAAUGGCAGAAUUUUUAGAGAAAUGAAUCUGGUCUUAAUUACUUAGAAUUGAACCAGCUUUUGGAUUGCAGCGUUCGUCACUCCAAAAAGAAGGCCAUGUUGAGGUAAUAUUAUGCUCUCUUUGACCCUUUCAGUCAACAUCUCUGGUGAUGGUCUGACUUUCCAUCAGCAGCAUGUAUUACUAUUAGAAACAAAUAUUUGAUAGACGUUUUGACAGAAUUUUAAUAACAUUCAGUUAAUUCAUGCAUUAAAUUUUUAAGAAGCUGCAAUGUAUUUAAAAAGUCUAAUAUGUUAACUCAUAGGUGUGGUUCAACAAUUAAUAAUAUCUGAUUUGCCUUAUUCCAAAAAGAAUUUUGAAUUCAUCAUGAAAUUUGAUUUGGAGGCUAUGCUACAUUCAGUGUCAGUAAUGUACAUUCUUAUGAAUCUAUAACUUCAGUGACAGUAUGUAAACAUCAGAUUGAGAUGAUUUGUAAAGAUAGUCAUUGACUGACCUUGUGAUGGUAUGUGUUUCCAGGAGAACUUGGAUACAUAUUUUAUUAAUACUUGCUUAUUAGUAAGAAAAUUAUUGAAAUUCCUUCUGGUCUUCAUUAGGUUCUGCUUGCACUUAAAAUUCAUUGCUAUCUGAAGAAGUUGAAUUUAUAUAUUAUUUAGAAGGACCAAAUAACUGAAUAUAUCAAUGCUGAAGUAUAUUUAUUUGUCUAGUUGCGUGGUACCAGGCCCAGAUGGGGCACCUUGGUUCAUUGGAAUAUAUGGUUGCACUUGUAUCACCUUGAGUUAUGAUUACCUUUUAGUCAUCCCCAUAGAAGUACAUAUUAGCUAGUAAAUCUGACAGAAGAUUGCCCGGUUAUAGCAUCAGAUGUUUUUAGUGCCUUCAUAACAACAGGACUGAUCUUCCACUUUAGGAAUCUUCCCACUCUGCUUUGCAAUAGAGAUGUUCAAUUUCUGGACUCAUUCAUUAAAGGCCAGGGAGCUUGUGUCUUGUAGCAGGUGACAAACAAUAAGACAAAAAAACAGCACAUCUCUCUGAUAUAGACUCUUAGCCUUCAAUCUCUGUUGGUUCUUAGGAGGAAGAUCUAGAAUAAGAUAUACUUGAACACUUCUUCAUUGGUAGCAUACUUUUGGACCCAGAAUGGCACUCAUUCUGGGACUUGGUGUCAACUGUCAGUCAAUCAGUUUGUGUGGGGGGAGGUUAGUGCCUUGUUUUGUUUUGAGCAGCGCAGGUAUUGGUUAACAAUUUGAGGAAAGAAAUGAGGUCUCACAGCCACAGGUUAGACAAAGACUUUUGGUGUUUCUAAGGUACAGCCAGGAAGAUUUUUGAGUUAACAGUCCUUGUUGGUAGCCACUCCUUUAAGUGUCUUUCCUUGGAAGAAAUUUUCCAUGCAAUUAUGCAUGUUGCUUUCUCCAAGGAUGUCAAUAUUCUUCAUCAUUAUGUCUGAAUUACAACUUUUAGAUUCUGUCACUCAGGCAAAAUGGUGUAGUACUUAUUUGCUGAGGUUUUAGAAUGCUUGUCUGGUCGGCACUACUCGCUAAAACAAAGUUUAGGAAGCUUAAAUUUAUUAGAUAAAAUGUAAACAUAAUUGUUAAUGAAGACAAAUCCUCCUGAAGAGCCCAGUGAGAGCUAAAUCAGUGAUCUGAUGAAAAUACUUAAUAAUUCUCCUUCUCUUGAAUGAAAGUUUACCAAUUGAUGGAUUUACAAGACUCGCACUGUUUAAAAAUGUCAUACGGGCCAAAAAUAGCCAUUAUGGAUAUGUCAUUUAUGUCUUGUUUUGCUUGAAGAUCCAGACUUAUGGCAGCUAGAAUCUUUUCACAUCACAUUUUACCAUCCAUCUCUUUGGCGUCUGUCACCGAAGGACAGGAUUGCUUGCACUGCCCUGUGAGAGCCAUCAACGUCAAUCUAUAGAGAACAAGUCAAGUAGUGGCUUUAUAUAGCACUUCGCCCUUGGGUCAAAGGAAAUAGAAACUUUAUAGAUUUAGUCUCAUUUUGAGCUUACAGUAGUUUCUUCAAACUUCCAUUGGUUUUGUUUGUCAAAUUAAAACUUGCUAUGAGAACCUAUAACUCCUUUUAAUCUGUAACACAUAGAUGGAACACAUUACUCAUUAUCAUUCUUAAAACAAAUGGUUGGACUUGCACUUGCUCAUAUAGGUUGUCACACAGCCCAUCGUUCCUUUAGGAGAAGAGAUGUAAACCCAUCAUUCCUGUCUCCAUGACUCAUUCAUUGGCUUGUUGAAAGAUGUGAUUUUGAGAUUUGGCUGAAGGUGGUUGUUCUUUUCCAGUUCUGAAAGACAUAACAGAUAAAAUGCCUUACUCUAUACCUUUUUGACUUCUUACAGUCCCCCAAGCACUCUGGUAGACCCUUUACUUGGGGAAUGCAUCUAUACCUCCAACUUUGAAUAUAUUAAUUAUGAAUGGGCUUGUGGUGAAGCUAAGUUAGGUUUAUGAAGUGAAAUUUGUUUCAAAUAAACCAUAAACCAUUGAAUUAUUUGAUAACUACUUUCCUCUCAGCCCCAUGAAUAUCACCAAAAAUUUAAUAAUGGCUGAUAAAUAAUGAACAGCUUCAAAAAGACUUCAUAUUUCAAAGACAGAUGGUUUGGAUAUGAUAUAAGGGGUGAAGAACAGUUAGUCAUGAAGAUAGUAAAUGCAAGGGUAGGAGGACAGAGCUCUAGGAAAUCAAGGAAAAAGUUCAUAGGUAAUUCCUAGAUGGAAUUUAGGCAGAAAGAACAAAACCAAAGAGAAUUGAGUGUUUUAUUCCACACUAAAACUUUAAAGGGGAAAGGUUGAUUUAAAAAUGUUAAUCAUAAUGAUGAAAUAAUGUAGGGAACAUCCUGUAAGAGCUGAGGAUUUAGUUUAUUGCCCCUCUUAAAUAGUUAUGUAGCUUUAGUAAAUGGGUUAGUUUGUAAAGUGUUACAUGCAGCUUAUUUAAAAUCUUUUUUUGUUUCAUAAAGACUUUUUAUAGCAUCCCUUCUACUUGACAGAUACAGAUACGAUGCUGACUAAGUAAAGUGAGUGGUGAGGCUUCUCCAAUUGAUGGAAGUCUCAUCUUCUCCAUGAAUUAUCAUUAUUAGCAGUUUGACCCUUAGUCUACUACUUUUGAUCAGCCAUACUGGCAUAAGUAAAAGUAAUAACAUUUUAUUUUUGAAAAGUGAAUGUUUUAAACAUCUUUUUCAUUAAAAUGAGAGGUCUGUGAGAAUUGUUUGGAAUAUGUGAACCAUUGUAUGGAUGUCAGUUAGGAAAGUAUUUUGUUGCAUAGGUAUGAUUUCUCUCUCUAACAAUUACCAGAUGUCAUUCAGGUGAAAAUUUUCAUUGAUAUUUUUGCAAUUGUUUUAUUUGGUAUUGCAUAACAAAGCUCUGUAUAUAACAAGAAGGAAAUCCUGCUAUGCUAAGUCAUAUGGUAUUUAUUACACAGGGAAGUUUGAACAACUUCUCUGCCUUCAUAGUAUUGAUGGUGGGCCAAUAAUGUAAGAUGAGUUAUAUCCUUAUAUAUUUUUGAGUGGUUACUAUAUCAAAAUUAAAGCAGAAUGGUAGGUAAAUGAAAGCAAAACUUAAAGAAAACUUUUUGUACACAGCAGUUGGCCAUUUUAACUACAACUCUAGUAUUAAGUAGGUACAGAGGGGGGGAAUAAUGUGUAAAAAAUGUUUUUAAGAUUUUCCGCAAUAAGAUAUGUAUUUGGUGGUUCCUUGAUAUCAUACAUUUGCCAGAUCAGACUGUCAUGUAAGUGUUUGUCCUCCAGCUUGUGUAGAAUGACCCAUGCAACUUGUUGCUUUGUGGAUGGGUAGCUUGAUGCAUUUUGAUUUGAUUUAUUGUCACAGAAUCCAUUUUCAGUUCAUUAUUUCCAUUCAGUUUCAAGGUACUGUACUGUAUAAUUAUAUUGACUUCCAAGUGUAGCUUGAAUGGAACUUCAUGUAUACGACUAAACAUUUGCUGUUUGUGGUGCAUUUGGUAUAUUGUGUAGUUGUGAUACUAAGUUUUUAGGUAGCACAAUUGCAUUUUUUGCAUCAUUCUGAAUACGCUGCUUGCAUUUCUAUACUGUGAUUAAAUAACUGAUGUGCUUUUCAUUUUUGAUCAUAAUCAAAUGCUGUUAACUAAUGACAAAGUCUAUAUUUUUUCAUGAAUAUUCUCCAAUAUGAGUCUCGUUUUAAAGAACUGGUAACGUGUAUUAGGUGUUGGUAGUUCAUGGAGUCUAUGGCCAAGUAUGAGGAUACCAAAUUAGAUAGUUUGUAUGAGGUCAUUUUGAUUUUAGUUUUUUAUUGUAAAUUGCAAAAUAGCAAAUGGGUUUGAUGUUCAUCUUAGGUAGUGAUACAUUUCCUUUUUUUUUUAUUGAGGCCAUUUUUAAAAACUACGAAAUUUUCAUUUUUAAAUAGAUUCCUGGCAAGCGAGCUCAUUUUUUAUAUUUCAUUAAAUGAAAUUGUAUUUUUUAAUUUUUUUAGUUUUAAACAUUUGAGUUUUGUGUUUAUUUUUUAUAUUCCUGUUAGUGAGAUUUCCAUUGCAUUCCAGAUUUAUAUGCUUUCAUUAAGCAGGGUUUUAGUUUUUAAAUUUUUUUGAUAAUUUGUAAAUUUUGUUAAGAACAGUGUAUAGUUUUCCCAUGUAUAAAUUUUACUUUACCAGUCACUUACCGUCAAUUUGGGAAGUCACUAAGAGAUAUGUGCUGUGCAGAGCUGGAAAUAAUUGAGAUGUUUGAAUUUUCAGUAGUUAACUUGUUAGGUUUUCUUCCAAGAGAAGGUUUUUGUUAUCGAGUUUGCGUUUGCAUUUUGUCCUUUCUCUUUUACUUUUUCAUAAUAUUUUAUUUUCAACCUUGGAUUUUCUCCUGUAAUUGUCAAAUUAAAAUCACUUUAUAGCCUGUCACCAAAAUUGAUAAGGCUGUAUCACAUGUCUUUUUAACCCAAUUUCCAGAUAGGUUUUUUUUUUAUUCCUCGGUAUGUCCAAUUUAAGUGCAGUAGUUACUGUUCCUUUUUAUGUUAAGUUCAUAAUUAGAGUUUCACUUAAAAUUUUUAUUUUGAGCAGUCUGUUGUUAUAACUUUUUCACAAAAGCUCUAACAAUACUUGAAUUAUUUUUGAUGCACUGCCAUUUUUCAAUUCCAGAUCUUAUUUUAAUUUAGUAUUAUUUCUUCAGAUAUCCUCAUUCUGGAUCCUAAGUUUUACUGAUGGUGUUUACAACUUGAGUGAUAUUUCCACAAUCCUCUCAUCCUGUAUUUUAUUCAUCAUGGUUGAAACAUUUUGUACUAGUUUUUCAUUGAUGAACCUCCCCAGUUUCUUUAAUUUACUCAGUGAUUUUUAUUCUGUUACAGUAAUCAUUUAGUUUUAUGUUAUUAAAAAUUUUUAAUAUGUAAUUAAUAACAUUGUAAAGUUGAAACUGCUCGUGCAUACUUCUUUCACACCAUUUUGUUGGAUCAUUAUUAUAAUAAUUGACAGCAUUUGGUUGUUUCCUAGCACUGUAUUCACAUAAAGGAAAGCCCUCACAUUUUAUAAUGCAUCAUCAUUCAGUGUGACCUAGUAGCUGAGUUAUACAUAGUCAUUCACUAAAGAUGAGUAAUUAACAUGCCUGUUAUGGGCCCUCCUCUUCAUUGGUAUCGUUUGUCAUUUUUACUCAAGCUACUGAUUAGUUGGUGAUCCUUCGAGCAUGUAACUUGGUGUCUGAUCAUGAUUUCAACCUUCUCAAGGUCAGUGUUCAAAAUCAAGUGCUUUAUCUGCAUCAGUGCAAUAUAAGAAGUAUUUCUUUGAUACACAAAUUAUUGAUGUAGGGUAUUGGAGAUGUCCAUAAACUUUCAAGUAUUUAUCUUGAGACUGUCUUUAUCGUUUGAAGGGCACUUGUUUGAUAUGGCCAGUGAUUGUGGAUAGGCAGGUUAGUUCCAUCAUCAUCAGUUUUCUCAUAGUAACUCCUCUCUUACACCUCGAACAGAGUGAAGGUUUGCUAUUCUAAACAAACCUUAGCAAAGUUCUACUUGAUGUUGAAUUUUGGCAAUAUUAAAUCCUAAUUCCCACAUAGACAGAUGUAUCUAAUAUUUCAGCAUGUUUGCCAAGCAUUUAAUUGAGAAAUGUCUUAACUCUUUGUACACCUGAACAAUUUAAGGGCAUGCUAGUCUGAAUAAAGUUUGCCCAUGAUAUUUGGCAAAAUCAGAUCCUAAGUCCCUUCAUAUAGAUAUAAAUGAUAUUUUAGUAUGUUGGGCAAGUAUAUCUUGGUGUGAGUAUGCCAUAAGUCUUUAUUAACCAUAUGAGAUUCUGAUGACGAUUGUAGUUGUCAUCCAUUUUUCAAAUUCUAAGAUUCUGAUGACGACUGUAGUCGUCAUUGAAAGUUAUAUAUAUUUUUUAAUAAAUUUGCCAUAAAUCAUAAAAAAUUUAUGAAUUUGCCAUAAAUCAUAAAAAUACUUUGUAACAAUGAAAUUUGAGUAAGCCAUGUAUGGUUGCUGGAAAAUGUUUAAAUAAGUGACGUACACUGUUAUUCUGCUUGGCAAAUAUACUCCACUCAAGUAUAUUUUACAUAUACAUAUACUUGUGGCUCAAAUAAUAAGAAAUAUCAUUGGAAGAACAUUUUAUUAAGAAAUGUUUAUAAAAACCAAAAUAUCUUUAAAAAUCAAUAUCAUUGGUAAAAGUUAGCCAAACACUGGGUAAACACAAAUUUGAUAUCUUUUUUUUUUUUUUCUCAUUGAUCAUUAAUUUUUUUUAAGUAAAGUUUUUCAUCAUGGCUAACUUUUACUAAUGAUAUUGAUUUUAAAAAUGUUUUUUCUUUUAUAAUCUGCUUUUAUAAACAAAUCUUGAUUAAGUGCAACUCUUCAACUUUAACAUGACACCAGAGCAAUCAACAAAAAUUACUAUUAAAUAUUUUUGCUCAGUGAAGGGUGUGUUCAACCCUCCAAAUCCUCAAAGGGAUAAAGUUACUGGUUUCCAUUACCAAAGUUUUAUAUAUAUACAUAGUUAGAACGCUUUUCCUAUGACUGAGUAAAGUUAAAGUGAGAGCUUUGUCUUUUUAUUUAGCAAAAUAUUAGAAUUUUUUUUUUCAUAAACAUAAUCCUUUUACAUUAGCGGGAGUGCUUCAGCUUGUCAGGGUCGGAGUGACAGGGAGUUGGUGUACUUCAGCUAUCAAGAUCAUCAGAUACCUUGUUAGUUUUGAGACCAAACAAGUCAUGAUUAAUAAUUUUUCAAGAAUGAGUCCAUUAUAUGGCAGGCUGGUCACUCUGCAAAUGAUGAUGUUUAAGCACAAAGAAAGGUGUGUAUUUGUAGAACCAAAUGCUAUUAAAGUUUGAGUUUGUGGAAGGUAGUUAUCUGUUUGUCUGGAUUAUUGGUAACAUUGCUUUUCUUUAUAUUAUUAAUCCCAAAUAUUUUUCCGGUUAUCAUAGUUAAUUUUUUUUGUAAAGAUCCAAUUUGCUAUUAAGUGCAUGUUUUAAUUCAAUGAAUGCCAAAAUAAUAGUUUAAUUUUAUACCAUCUACAAAGGAUUAUUUAACCAAAUGUUGAAUUUGCAUGCUGCCUCAGGGUUAGAUAUCUUCAGUUUGUUUGUAGACAUGUACUUUUUAAGUUCUAUUAUUAACACCUUAGUAUAUUUAAGCUAAUUACAACUAUGGACUUUUAUUUCUGCUUAUUUUGUUAGAAUUUUCCGUAUAAGUGCAUUUAAAAAAAAAUUAUGCUCAUUGUGUGUGUUAUAAUCUUAAAUGUCUUUUUUUUUAAUGAAAAUUUAAUUUUUGGUCAUUGUAUUCAGUUACUUGUUAAACUUUUAGAAAAAUGAGGUGGAAAGUCCUUUCACAAAGGAAUCAGAAUUACUAAAGUAGGUUAAACAUGUUAUAGCUUGGAUGAGGUAAUUGUGAAUGGGACUUGCAUUAUUAUUACUGUUACCCAUUAAUGUUACCAAAACUGAUCAAAGUACAGAAGUGAGUAGGCGCCUUUGGUGCUCUGCUACCUAAUUCUUCGCACAUUACGCUUACCAGUGAACAGUGGGCACAGAUGCCAGUCUCUGACAGUGGCGGGAAACUGCUAUUUGCAGUCUGUUGAAAGAGCUGUUAUUAGAAAUGAACUUAAUUUUGUACUGUUGGUCAUUGAAAGCUCAGUAAAGCAAAAACAGCAUCCUUUAAUAUAGUCCUGAAAAUGGGAGACUUGAAAUAAAUGGUUGGUAAUCAUAUAAAUCCAAACCCCACCUGAGAGUUUUGAUCUACCAAAUAAAAAGAUGCAUCAAUUGUUUUCUCUUGAGCAUUAUCAGUAGACUACACUGCAGUUUUCCGUUAGUCUUGAGAGCUGUUUAACAUGUCUUUUGAAGACAUGAAAUAUUAGCAAGUGACAAACCAAUACAGUACCUUCCUUUUAGAGAAGCUUGUAUGUGCAUAAACUUGUGUAAAUGUUUAUUUUUAAAACAAAUAUUGUAUGUAGAUUACAAGGAUUGUCUGAUAUUUAGAACCAAAUUGCAAAAUGAAUAUAUUUAGUGUGAAUAGCAAGUGUAUGGUUUGUUUGUCAAAUAACUUCUAGAAAACAAUCCUUUAGUGGCUGGUGACAUCAUGUUAUUUUGCUCUAACUGUAUUGAUAGAUGUUUUUAAGUGUUGUAAAAAAGUAAAUUUUACAUUCCAAAUUUAUUUUGAACUUUUAUUUUUUGGGAAAUUUACUGUGAUAUCAAAUGAUACCAUAAUCAAAUUAGAUUUCCAAUGGAUAAUGUAAUCAGGUGUAAGAAGUUUUUUAGAUUUACACAAUUGGAAAGAACUCAGUAAGGAUAGCUUCAGUAGAAUUUCUAAGAUCAGAAAAGUCAUAAUGUGGAAUUGUUUACUGUAAUAGAUAAUUACAGUAUACAGUAGUUUAUCAACAUAGUAGCCUGAAAGUAACUGUUUGAUAACAAUAUAUAAGCUUAUUUUAUAUAUUGGUGUUUUUAUUUUUUCCACUUCAUCUUUUUAAGAGAAUAGAUUUUCUUUAGACUAAUUAUAGUUUUGUAUAACAUCAUAUAUUUGUGAACCAUAUGUACAGUAAAUGAAGUGCCAAAUGUUGCUAUUUAUUGUCAAAAAGAGAAACAGAAACUUUUGAAAGAGUAAUAAAGUAUCUUUCUGAUGAUGCA